CAAGCAUCUGUCAUCAUGAUUGGGCAUCAGUAUAGAGGAUCGUGGCCACAGGGCAACCAUGGCCCCCCGCACCAACGCGGCCGGCAGGUGAGCCAGGAGCAAAUCUUGGAGAGAAUCCACGGGAACCUCUACAGCAUCGUUGGGGAGGCGGUGGAUGACGUCAAGGUAGAGGAGGAUAAAUGGAGCAGAACCGAGAUUGUGAAGCGAAUUGUAGGCUACAUCUACAAGGCUGCGAAGACUCCCGAUUUGAUGCACAAACCCUGGCAGGAGAUUUCCAAGACCAUUGUGCACCAUGGCAUGGGUAGCUAUGUCUCUGCUUGCAGCGAGAAACCCUGGUUCUACCAGUUGGCCCUGGGGAACGCCUUCACAUCAGCUGUUUGGGAGUUGGUGCAAGCUUCCGCGCGGGGGCGACCGCAAGUGCACUUCCAGGAUGUGCAAGACUUCGUGGUGCGGGAAUUUGAACAACAUCUGGACAAGUCGCUGUUGACCAAGGCGGUCUGGGACGCCACUAUGCUGACGUUCAAAGACAGGGACAUCCAGCCGAAGAUUUUCAAAGCGGUGCACAAUACCUACCAGCCAGCGUUGGAUGAGCUGCUGGCUGAUACGAGACCCAUAGAUGAUGCAAGGAAGGUGGAAACCUUCACGAGACGGUGGAUGGAAACCAGCAUGCAACGAGCCUGGUCUGCCCUGGAGAGUGCGGAACAAGUCCUGAGCACUGGGCAGGUGAUUCGCCUCUUUCAAAAUCUCAUUGCUCCCUUUGGCGAGGGGCAUGAAUAUACGUGUAUCCCGAGCAUGUUGGUGGACCAGAUCGGAAGACCGCCAAGAAACUGGAAGUUUCUGAGAACGGCGGUGUCAAAGAUGUUUGAGGAGUGGCACGCUGCACAGACAGCCCCACAACCUUCCAAGAGAAGGAAAAAAGGCCAUGACGGCGGAGGAGGCGGCGGAGGUGGCGAAGAGCCAGAGGAAGCAGAGGAGCAGGAAGCAACUCGAGAUGAGGAGGAGGAGGUGCCAGCUGAAGAGGAGAAUCCCCCAGAAGAGGAGGAGUUGGGCGACUUUGCAGCAGAGAAUGGCACCAACGGUGCGAAGGAAGAGGUCCUGGAGGAAGAAGAUGCCGAGCUCAAGGACCCCUGGGAGACUCUUGAACCAGAAGAUGCGGAGCUUGAGGACUUGGACGUGAAAGAUGGCGAGGAUCUGAACGGUGCAGGCGGCGAAGCGCUGCCCGAAGAGAAUGGUCAUCCGGAAUGCACCUCAGCCGGCGACUGCUUGGGGGCGCCAUCUGAUGGUUUGGUCAGACACAUGAUCGAAGGGGAAGACGGUGAUGUAUACUGCGAGGCCUGUUGGCAUUCCUUCAUGUUCCACAACCCUGACCUGGAGGGACUGUGGGAGGAUGGAGACCAGGCGGGUCAACGCUACGAAGCUCCGCCGGGUGAUCCAUGAAUGGCGGGAGUGAACGGGCAAAGUUCAAGGCCAGGAACUAGAUUUUGUUUGAACCCAACUCUUAACGAUUCAAAUAAAUCUUGCUUUGGAAUCUUG